GUGUUUGCAUAUUAGCAUUUAUUUGCAUAUAAGAUAGUUUGCUUACCCUGGAUUCCAGGGAUGGCCAAAAUCCAUUCAUACUGCCUAGAUUUCCUGCGUGAUCAAAAUCUUAUUGCUACCAUCGAGACAGCGCAGGAAAACCAGAGCACAACGCUCAACCUCAGCUGCUACCACGUCGAGACAGUGCCAAGUGCUGUGUUUGACAUGACGGUUUUGAAAAAACUUUAUCUUGAUGAAAACCAUCUGCACGAAUUGCCAGAUUGUUUGUCCAAUCUGGAUAACCUUCAUGUGCUCACAGUUGAUCACAACCAUCUGAAGAGUCUACCUACGUGCUUGGGUGUGAUGCGGAACCUGCUCCACUUGAAUGUGAGCCACAACCCUCUGGGAUCCGUCCCCGCUCAUAUAUCCACCCUGGAGAGUCUAGAUUCCCUUUGGCUUAACACUACCGAGCUGAAAGAACUUCCCAGCAGUCUUCAGAGCCUCAAGAACUUGACAACAUUAGGAGCAAGAGGAAACGCCAUCUCCAACUACCCAGCACAGCUCUGCUCCUUCGUAAACUUGAGGUGGCUGACAUUAGAGAGAAACCAACUGAGACAGUUACCUGAAGAGUUUCAAAAUCUCAAGAGCCUCAAACAUUUGAAUUUAUCCAUGAACUUGUUUGAAGAAAUACCACCAGUCUUGGUGCAUAUUAAGGGUCUUCAGUUUUGCUUCAUGUGCAGCAACCUCAUAGCAGCCGUUAGUGAAGUCAUGCUGCAGCAGCUGAAACAUCUGAAACGUUUGGACCUUCGAGGUAACCCAGUGACAACAGAUAUAAACCGCAAGAUGUAUACAUAUGUGGUGUUGAAGACGGGUCAGAAUCAUAACAUGGAGUUGGAAUCUUCUGAUUCUGAAGAUUACGAGGAAUCGAUAGCCUCCAGUGAGAUAAACCUGAGCAGCGGAAAUAGUCAGGAAGAGCAAGAGCCGGAGGUGGCGACCACGCUGCCGCAACUCUCAAGGUUCGCCUUCUCUGCGGUGUGAUAUGUGACAAAAUAAUAAAUGGCCUCAUACAGACAUAAGAGGAAGACUAUGGUUGACUCUUUGGGCUCCAGGAAUAGUUCAUUAAGUCAACUGGUGAACUCAUGAGUUGCACACCAGACAACAACUAAAUUUGAACUAGACAUACUAUGGAUAGGCUAGGAAUAGACAUUCCAUCCCAUGAUAAGUUAUAGCCAGUAGAAUAAAAAUUAACAUAAUUGAGUUUAACCAACAAAGUGCUUUGAUGCCAAUUGAUAUAUUACUUUGCCAAAUUUUUAUUGAGCCAAUCUGAAAUGACUUAUUAGUUUUUAACUGGCAUUGUUAUAUAACAUACACUAUCAGGAACAAAAUCUAUGGGUAGUUUAGUAGUAUACCACUUCAAUUACUGAUUUCUUUCAAAUGCUCCAAAUUUUACUGCUCAACGAAUCUGAAAUGAAUGAUAGUAAACUGAAUAUAUUUACAUCACAUGAAACCAUCACUAUCAAAAUCUAAGGGUGAAAAUAGAAUUUCAGUAGUGGCUUGUUAAACUAUGUUCCUUUUUAAUAAUAUAGGCUACAGCUGGUCCAUGAAGAUGUGUUAUCAGUCAACCAUGAUUAGAACUGAUAAGACGUAAUUGCAAUACUGGUAAACACAAGUCCGACGGAAGAAGUUUGAGGUUGCUUCUCAUGCCACAAACUCAUGUCAGACACCCAUGUUUCCCAUGUUUUAAUUAUUGAGUUGUGCUCACAUAUACAAUCUAGCAUUUGAUGUAUAGUAUUUUGACCUUUGGACCUCAAGUGGUUAAAACAAACAAAAAUAUACUUAUUUUUAUAGCAGAGUAUUUUUGUAAUUUUUUACCAUAAAAUGCAUCAUUUCUCGAAAGGAUGUAAGCUGCUAGGAAAAAGACAAAAACUUUUUACUAGAAUAAUAUAUUGAUUUCUUGUACAUUUGAAUUAAGUUUAAUAUUAUGAGUAGUGGGCUUUGUAAUGUAGGCACUGUAAUUACUUGGUUUUUGUAGUUUAUUUUAUGAAAUACUUCAUACUAUGCUAUGUAAAAAUGUAACAUUGUACUUUAGCUUGUAUAUCUUUGAACAAUAUGUCAAGUUUUUUUUCAAACGAUCAAUGAUUUUGUUUCAUCAACAAUAUAUUUGUAUUGUUCCAUAUUUUGUAGUAUAAUAUUUCUGCUGGUGCUGUAUCAUGAGAAUUGUUACCGUCUAGUUGACCAGUAAUUAAUCAUUUAAUGUUUCGUUUCGUGUAUCAACCAAGUUAUGUACCAUGUCAUUUAUAUAGUACCGUACUGAACUUUUGACAAACUCUAUCAUGAGGAAUAUUUAAUCACAUCUUGACAUCCUGACCUGAGGUUUGCUCCGUCCGAAGCAUGAAACAGCUGUAGUCGUAAACUACAAAGGAUCAUUUUAGACAGUUGUACAGAUAAUAUAAACCACUCACUAUAAAAGUGCCAUAUUAUUAUUAGUGUUCUUCAAUUCAAAAGCUACAAUGGAUUUUAAAGUCUAAGUUUUAUGAAUGAGUGCUAACCCUUUAUAAAGCCGGGUUUUCCUAGGCGCGGAAGUGGAGAGCGGAGAGAGGAACACGGAGAGCGGACUCCACUUGUCUUAGGUAAUUUAAUGUUACUGUUUUCCUAGAAGCGGAGCGGAUCACCAUGUUAAUCUCUAUUCCGCUCUCCGCUUCCGCGCCUAGAAACCCCAGCUUAGAAUCAAUCUCCCAUUAGACACAGGGCAGAAUUCAAAAUCUUCAUGUAAAAAUUCCAUUUUCUUACUUUCAAUACUUUCUUUCCUAUACGAUGUAUAUGAAGAAAUUAUUGUUUUUUUGCCAAAAUUGUUGAAUUUGAGUUUUGGGUGAUGACACAGACCACACCCGUGGUCUGAUUUGAUGAUAUUUCAUAUUUGGGGACUUAUCUAUGGUGUCUCCAGGUUUUUAUUUACUUGAAAAUUUGAUUUGUAAUGGUGAUUUUCCCAGAAAAAUUGAAUUUUGUCAAAAAUGUCCUGAAUGAUUUUGACAAAAAUGUUGUAUUUUAUUGUUAUUUUGACUCCAAACAAACCCACAUUGCUGUAAAAAUUACGGUUAUAAAUAACAGAAAAUCGGAUUGUCAGAAAAAGUAACUUGACUGAUUUUGAUUAAAAUUUUGUAUGUUCCUUUUAACUCCAAACAAAAUGGCUACCCCUAUUGCUGUAAAAAUUACGGCUUUAAAGUUAUUACAACUUUUGUGAUUUUCCCCAUAAAUUAUCAAAGUUACUCUCACCACUUACCCAUGUGCCAUAAGGGUUGUUGACAAGCUAGUCGGAGAAAGAAUGUGUCAGAUUGCUGAUACUGUUUAUUUUUAUUAAAGUUGCAUUU